AUGCUUUCGUCAAGAGGUUCGCCUUUCUUCAAUGGGUUUGUCAUUCAUCAUAGUUUCGCCAUUUUGUCAGGAAGUUCCGUCUUUCAUCCUUUUCCGACUCUAGGCUUCGUCUUUCGCAAUUUAAGUAAAAUGGUUUCACCAAACAACGAUAACAUGAAGCCGAAGAUUGAUGAAGAUUGUCUACCCGAGUCUCCAACGUGGUCUGUGAAAUCAUUACUGUUACCUCCAGCCAAAUAUAAAGGAGAUAUUAAUGUUCAGGAUCAGCAAGAAGUAAAAAUCACACAACACGAAUUUCUAAGCUUAUUAAAAAUGGCAAGAUUACAAUUCUCAAAUUCAUCUAUACUUAAUGAUAAUUCAUUUAACGACAAAAAGUCAGAUGUAAAGGUAGAAAAUAAUAAAACAUCAAAUCCUCAGAUAGAAUUAAAUAAAGAUAUAAGUAUCUUGUGCAAUUUUGUAAGGCAUGUACAAAGUGUUGAUGUUUCUAAUAUAGAACCACUAAGAAGUUUUUGGACCACAGAAGUUGAAAUUGGAUUGAGAAAUGAAGAUGUAACGAAUAUAUGUGAUCUUGGGAAAGUUGAUGCAAAUGAAAGGGGCAUGAGAGAUUAUGAUGAGAUUAAAAAAAGAAAAUAUAUUACUGAAGAGUGCAAAAGUCUU